AUGGCCUGGCAAACCCGAACUGGAACGUGUGCUUAUACUAUUUUCUCAACAGCUGAAGUCAAGAAAUUCAUCGAUUUACUAUACACUGAUAUUCCCUUUCAAAAGGGAUUGAUAGACUGUCUUGUUGCAAAGGGAGAUACUCUCGACUAUGCCAAAAGUCGAGGAUAUAUCCCCCAGCCAGAUGACUGGAAACUCAUCAAAUCACUUGCAGAGCCCGGGCCCAAUUUUGACCUCCGUUUUGCAGGCGGAGCUUAUAGAGUUGACCCGAACGGACUUGGAAUAUGGGAAUUGCUGGUAGUAUCAUCAACCCAGGUUGUCUACGUUGACGGGGUUGCGGCGACGUCAGCGAAGGUGGAUGAAGAUGGAUUCGUCACUUUCUCAAUCCAAUCAGGCUAUAAUUUUCGAAUCAAGAUUAUUCCUGCUCCAUUGGUUGGUGACAAACCAGAAUCUAUGCGAGAAUCUUCAUUUUCCGGAGAGGUAUGGCAAAAUGGCUCCGUCCAUCGAUCAACCAUAGCCGGUAAACGAUUUUACCCUUGGGGGAAUAUGUUCGGAAAGGUCGAAGACGAGGAAGUACGGCCAGAAAGAAGCCCGCCAGUGUCAGAUGAAACAAAAUACAAAGCAGCAGAGGUCAGAAACAGGGAGGCACAGAUGUCUCUGGCUGUGGCUACUGAUCUAAUCAGUUCUCAAUAUUGGCCACGCUCACCAGCGGCCAUCAUGGCUGAUCCUAAAGAGUGGGGAGAGCUACUGCCAAAGGCUGUAGCUGUAUUAUUGGGAUUUUUGGUAUAUUACGCAGCUGGAAAAAUGGGUGACGCUUGGUCAGAUCCCGUGAAGGUCGUUAUAUCGGUGCUGAUGGCUGCCGUUUCCGAUGCUUUGUUAGAAAGAAUCCAGGAUAGGUCUUUAGUAAACCUGAAGGAUACGAUAACUAUAGUUAAAACUGAUAUACGAUGGAGAUCGGGGACCAAUCGGCCUGACAUGAAGUGGGUAGAUGAAAUGGUGUACCGGCGGGUACAAAGAUUGGACGGAGACACACUACCAAAACCCGAGACAUUGAUCAAAGAACUGACUGAAAAAGCAGAGAGGGAAUUUAUUCGGAGGGCAGACUACUUCAUGCGGCCCAUGCUUGAAAAAUCCUUUUCGGUCUUGUCUACCUGUUUCUGGAACAAAUACUCUGCCACGAUAACCGAGGCACUGAAGGCCAGAGUUGCGGAAGAUAUAUCCGCCACUGAAAUGCAAAGAAUUGUGACGAAGCACCUGGAGAGGGGCGCUGAUCUGAGGAGUUUUAACGAUGAGAUCAAGAGGCUGAAAGACGAACUUGCGGAGAAAGAAAAGGAGAAGGACCAAAAAAUCAAAAGUAUUCCUCCAGGCCCAGAACAUGACCUAGAUAGGAAGCGUAUUGAAGACGAGUACCAACUUGAGAAAACAAAUUCGGAACUCGAGCAAAAGAGACAAGAAAAUGAGUGGAGGGAAAAGGAAAAGGAGCAUGUGAAAAGUAUUGACCGUGUGCGUGAAACACUGGAAGAACUGGCAUCAGAGCAUAGAGAAGAGAGAGAGGAAGAGAUUCGGCGACGGGGGAGACAUUAG